GGCCCAGUGUCCACGCAGUGCCCGCUCAGCAUGUGCCCGCCGCGCGGCCUCCUCCUUGUGACCAUCCUGGUCCUCCUAAACCACCUGGACCACCUCAGUUUGGCCAGGAGCCUCCCCACAGCCUCACCAAGCCCAGGAAUGUUCCAGUGCCUCAACCACUCCCAAAACCUGCUGAAAGCCAUCAGCAACACGCUUCAGAAGGCCAGACAAACCCUAGAACUUUAUUCCUGCACUUCCGAAGAGAUUGAUCAUGAAGAUAUCACAAAGGAUAAAACCAGCACAGUGGAGGCCUGCUUACCAUUGGAAUUAACCAUGAAUGAGAGUUGCCUGGCUUCCAGAGAGAUCUCUUUGAUAACUAAUGGGAGUCGCCUGGCCUCCAGAAAGGCAUCUUUUAUGACGACCCUGUGCCUUAGCAAUAUCUAUGAGGAUUUGAAGAUGUACCAGGUAGAGUUCAAGGCCAUGAACGCAAAACUUUUAAUGGAUCCUAAGAGGCAGAUCUUUCUGGAUCAAAACAUGCUGACAGCUAUUGAUGAGCUGUUACAGGCCCUGAAUUUCAACAGUGUGACUGUGCCGCAGAAAUCCUCCCUUGAAGAACCGGAUUUUUAUAAAACUAAAAUCAAGCUCUGCAUACUUCUUCAUGCUUUCAGAAUUCGUGCGGUGACCAUCAAUAGAAUGAUGAGCUAUCUGAAUUCUUCCUAAAAAGCUGAGGUCCCUCCCGACCUUCAAGUCAUUCUUAUAAUAAUGUGAACCAAAAAUAUUUUUCACAGGA